AUGACGCAGAAAAACCACGGAGAUGCUCAGCAACCAAAAAGACAAAAAACGAAUGACGAUGGCAAAAGUGCUCCAAAAAAUAUUAUCCUAAACGCAUUUUUGAUGAGUUCACCUGGUCUUCAAGUAAUCAAUUCCUGGAGAAAUGAGAAAGACCAGACUUCUACUUCUGCAGAGAAUCCCGAAUAUUGGAUAGAAUUAGCCAAAGUUCUAGAGAGAGGUGGGUUCAACGCAGUGUUUUUUGCUGAUGUGCUAGGUCCUUAUGAUGUUUAUAAAGGUCCAGGAAACUUUAAACCUGUCGCAAAAGCCGGCGCGCAAUGGCCGUUACCUGAUCCAAGUUAUUAUAUUCCGCUUAUGGCUGCUGUUACCAAGAGAUUGGCGUUUGGUAUAACGAUUUCUACUAUUAGUGAGCAGCCUUACCACUUGGCAAGAAGAUUGGGUACCUUAGAUUUGAUAACUGGAGGUCGUGCUGGAUGGAAUAUUGUCACUUCUUAUCUUGACAGUGCUUCUCGUAACCUAUUGAAUGGUCAAAACCUCCCAGAUAAAGUCGAAAGGUACAAGAAGGCAGAAGAAUUUGUUGACGUCAUUUAUAAGCUUUUCUUGAGCUCCUGGCAAGAUGGGGCCGUUAAGGCAGACAAGAAAAAAGGUGUAUUUACAGAUCCAGAGGGAUUGCGUCACAUCAAUCACGAGGGAAAGUAUUUCAACGUCCAAGGACCAGGGCUCACUCAACCCAGUCAACAAAAACUUCCUGUUAUCAUCCAAGCAGGAACUUCCCCAAAAGGGAAAGAACUAGCUGCCAGAAAUGCGGAGAUCAUCUUUUUGAAUAACCCUUCGAAAGAUUCAUUGAAGAAAAAUAUAGACUCCGUGAAGUACCUUGCCCAGCAUAAGUUUGGUAGAGAUCCAUCAAAGAUCAAAUUUUUGUUGCAGGUCACAAUAAUCAUUGGCGACACAGCUGAAGAUGUAAAGCAACAAAUUGAUACUGUAAGAGCCUUGGGCGACGAUGAAGCAGCCCUGGCAAUGUUUUCAGGUUGGAGUGGAAUCGAUAUUAGCGCUUACACUGACGAUAAACCGUUAGAAGACAUUGAAAAUGUCGCUAUUGCCUCAACAAUACAGUCCUGGAAGAUCGCCUACCCUGAAGUUAAAAUCUGGACAAAGAAAGAAAUUAUUGACCGUGUCACCGUUUCCGGUUCAGGUAUACUUUUCGCAGGAACGCCAAAAGAGGUAGCUGACACAAUCCAAGAUUGGGUUGAAUAUACUGGUGUCGAUGGCUUCAAUUUUGCUUACACCAACCUACCAGGUACUUUCAAAGAUAUUGCUGAUAAAUUGGUCCCUGAAUUGAGAAAACGCGGCCUUGUCCCAGGACUUGACGAGUUAACAAGAGCCAACGAAAAUGGUUUAUCAUUCAGACAGCAGCUCUUUGGCACUAACGAAUUGGAUCCUACCCAUCCAGCUAGUGAACUAAAAUGGAAAAGCAAUGAGAGUAGAGAAGAAUUUGAACACAGAUUUUCUAAAGCCUUAGAAAAGCUACACGCUACGUUGUAA